GUCGUCUCUGAGUCGUCUCCAAGUCGUCUUGGGUCGUCUCUUUAGAUUUCUAUCUUUAUUGCUCUCUCUCUUUCUAUUUUCCCACCUCUAUCUCUAUUUCCCCUUCCGCCAUGCUCUCCAUCACGCCUUCCAAUCUCGCCGCCCUCCACCCGGUCCACCACCUCAUCCUCGACGAACUCAUCGCCUCUGCCCCCCACUUGGCUCUCCUCCUCUGUCGUUCAGUAUACAAACGCGUCAUCCCCAUACUCUACGCCCAUGUCCACUCUACGCCAGCUCUCUUCAAGGGUCUACAGCGAGAAACAGGAUACGAGAGGACAGAAGACGCUUUGUGCAACACAAAGUCUCUGAGCGUCGACGGCUCUACGAGUCUCCAUGCCAUCUGCGACCUCUCGUCCGGAUCAUCUGAUCCAUUCUCUAUUCUUUACAAGCCUCAGAAUACUCGCCGACUCUACCCCCGCCCAUACCACAUUAUGUUGCCCUAUCUUGAACGCCUCGAGCUCAGCUUUUCCGCACUACAGCCGCCGGUGAUCAGAACUGGUCCUGGUAUAGUCCAGCGUCGGGGACGCGGGCAGGGUGUUGCCACGCGCAUCGCUGACCAAAUGCCGAACGAUCUUCGGGAGAUUGUCUUCCAUCUGGACGAGGGUACGGCGGGAGCUUGGAAGGAGCUUAACGGCCACCUCAUGUCCAUAGGCCCGGAGGAAGCUGUCGUCUUUGUCAAAGGAGAGGCACGAAAAGGAUAACUCGUCAAGACUCCUGAUGGCGACCAGAAGAGACUGACUUUCGGACGAAUAGGGGAGAAGCUGCCGACUUCAUGCACCAACGGCCAGCGUCUUUGUGUUUUUGUCGGGACUCAAAAGCCCUGGGACUCACUCAAUGGCGAAGAGCGGGAAGACUACGCCAUCUCCAUGAGCCUGGCACUGGUCGAAUACGCUCAGGGCUCCGUCGGGGCCCACAUCGAAGGCGAAGAUUGGUUAGAGGCUGAACAGGAAGAGUCGCCUUUAAUCGCCGAAGUCGAGUUUCACUUGCCUUCUUUCAAGAAGGUGCUGGCUCAGAUGGACGGGGAAGGAAAGAUGGAUGUGGACGCGCUCGUGAGGCAGGGGCGAUUGAUGUUGAAGGAGUUUAAUUUCAAGGAAGUGGAAGCGCUGGGUGAGCUGAAGUGGCGUUGGUGAGGAGGCAGUCGGAGAAUGAUACCUCGACGCGCGUGUCUCCUGGACUAUUAUGAGCGAACAGUAUACCGAACGGCUCCUGUACCCUCAUCACUCCCUUCGCUUUCAUCCCGAUCGUGUAUGUGUGCCCCGACGCGGCCUAUCCUCCGCCACUCUCACUUUCUUCGCCGUCCCUUCUGCUACCCGAGGCGCAUCGGCACCAUCUUCCCAUCCUUCCCCACAGCAGGCGCGGCUCUCGACGCCGAAUUUGCCGACUAUAUCCAUUUUGAGAGCACGCUUCCUCUCUAUCCUCAGACUGUAAAACGUGGACCUUGCGAGACAGUACAAGUAGAUGUCGUGUACUCUGUAGACGGAUAUAGAUUUGUUGUAAGCAAAUCCAGUAUAGUUUCAUGUAUCAUGGGG